GUAAGCGCCACAUUCAAGCCCACUACAUCCUCAGCAUAUAAGUGGACGUCCAAAGUUGGUCGUCCUCAUUCUACACACCUCAUCAAGCUCCAACUUGUUGUACAAGUUUCCUAUUGCAUUUUUUAGUUGCUUUGUUUCAAUUCACUUUUAACUGAAUUUUUUACUUUUCCAUCACUAAAAGGUCUAUUAGGAUAAAAAUGAAGAAAUUCCUGUGGGGAUGUGUGGCUCUAGUGGGACUCUUUGUUGUGGCUGAGUCCCUGAAUUGCAACACUUGUUCUGUGGGUAUCGGCGGUGUUUGCCUGUUUGGCAAAACUACAACAUGUAGCAUCACCCAGCCCAACUGCUACACUGGACUUGCAGUGUUCAACUUUAGCAGCACGCUUAAGAUCAAAACCAAGGGCUGCCUGGACUCACCUUCCUGCAACAUGACAUAUGUUAACAGUGUCCUGGGUGCUGGCUACUCCGUUACAACGUUCUGCUGCAGCAGCACCGACCUGUGCAAUGGGGCAGGAGUUAUCCAACCCCAUCUAACUGUGGCCCUUGGCGCCGCCCUGGUGGCUGUCAGGAGUAUUUUUGCCUAAACACACCAUUUCCAACAACAAAAAAAUCCAUAGGUUGGUCAAGUUCGUAAUAUACAAAUUGUACUGAAACUGUUUGCAGUGUUGAAACUCGUCUGCAAUGAUGAUGCAGACGAGUUUCACUAAGAUUAGUUCCAAACAGCAACUGGAACUGCUUUUACCUCUAGUAUCUAUAACAUCCUAGUUGGCUUUUUCAAAUAUGAUAUAAUUCAGUCAAUAUAACUUUAUUUACUUUGGGAACACAUAUAUACUCCAGCAUCUUUGCAAGUUAAAUUAAUUAUGACUAUUAAUAUCAUGACGCUUUUUAAAUUCGAUACAUUUUCAACCAUGUCAGUAGUAAAUUCUUAUCUCUCCAACAAGAAAGUUAUUCUCACUUUGUACUUGUUGAUAAAGAUAACUUUUUUAUGUAUUGUAUUAUAUACAACAACAACGAGGCUCCAUUUGUCUAUUUUAUGUGAACAAUGUUUAAUAAAAAUUGUAAAACAUA